AUGACACAAAAAGUACUUUUCCUGGACGAGAUCCACGACGCCACCAAGGACUACGCGGCUCUGGCGCAGAAAUGCGAUAUUCAGCAUGUCGGAACAACGUCGCGAGAGCAGUUUCUCAAGGAGUGCAAGGAGGGCAAGUACGACGGGUUUGUGGCCAUCUACCGAACGUUCACCACGCUCGGCAAGGUCGGAAGGUUCGACAAGGAACUAUGUGACGCUCUGCCGGCCUCCAUCAAGGCUGUGUGCCACUACGGAGCCGGCUACGACCAGGUGGAUGUGGCGCCGUUCACCGAGCGGGGAAUCCAGGUCAGCAACGUCCAAGGAGCCGCUGACGCCGCCACGGCGCUGACCAACGUAUAUUUGAUGCUGGGCUGUCUGCGAAACUUUGGUCAUGCGGCCAUUUCGCUCCGACAGGGCAAUUGGAUUGGAGACGUGCCGUUGGGCCAUGAUCCCGACGGCAAAGUGCUCGGAAUCAUGGGCAUGGGCGGCAUUGGCCGUCAGGUGAGAGAUUACGUCAAGCCGUUCGGGUUCGAGAAAAUCAUCUACUACAAUCGAAGCCGACUGUCUCCGGAGCUCGAGGGCGGAUGCCAUUACGUGACUCUGGACGAGCUGUAUGCCCAGGCCGACGUCAUCUCCGUCAACGUCCCCCUCAACGCCGCCACCCGUCACAUGAUCAACUCCGAGUCCAUUUCCAAGAUGAAGGACGGUGUUAUCAUCGUCAACACCGCCCGAGGCCCGGUUAUUGACGAGCAGGCUCUUGUUGAUGGUCUCAACUCCGGCAAGAUCAGCUCCGCCGGUCUGGACGUGUAUGAGCACGAGCCCAAGAUUAACCCCGGUCUGCUGAAGAACCCCCAGGCCCUGCUGCUGCCCCACUUUGGCACUUUUACCAUUGAGACCCAUCGAAAAAUGGAGGAGGCGGUACUCAACAACAUUGAGACGUUCCUGAAGACCGGUAAGGUGGCCACGAUUGUACCCGAGCAGAACGGCAAGUUCUAG